AUGGCCACAAACUGUUUUUGGGGUUUGUAUUACAUGGUGCUCAUUGCAUAUUGUUUCUAUUAUUUGGUGGCAUCAUUCCAAUUGAUUGUUCCAUGGUCGACAUGCCAUAAUUGGUGGAACACAGCGCUGUGCACUGAUCAGAAAACAUUAGCGAAUUUAACUCGAACUGAACUUGGCUUAAUGAAAAAUAUGACAAGUUCGCCGAGUGAAGAAUAUUUUUAUCGUCGAGUGUUACAAAUCAGUGGCGGAGUAGAACAUGCAGAUGGUCUUGUUGUUGGAUUAGUUGUUGCUCUGGCAAUCGCUUGGUUAAUCUGCUUUUUGGCGUUAUCAAAAGGUGUACAAUCGUUAGGCAAAGUUGCAUAUUUUACUGCUCUAUUUCCAUAUGUAAUGCUAACUGUUUUGAUCAUUCGUGGUGCAACAUUGAGUGGCGCUGUCGAAGGUAUUAAAUUUUACAUGGGAACAGUCAAUUUCAGUGUUCUGAAGAAUCCAUCGGUUUGGAAAGAUGCAUGUACACAAGUAUUUUAUGCAUUGAGUUGCUGCAGCGGUGGGUUGAUAGCUAUGGCAUCGUUCAAUGAUUUUAACAAUAAUAUCUAUCGUGAUACAAUAGCGAUUUGUUGUGUGACAUGGUUUACCAGUAUAUUUAGUGGAUUUGCAAUUUUUACUGUAUUAGGUCAUAUGGCGACGAAAAUGGGCGUAAGUGUGGCUGAUGUGGCGAAAGGAGGACCUGGUUUGGCAUUUGUUGUCUUUCCUGAAGGUUUAUCGAUGAUGCCAUUUGCACCUCUCUGGUGUGUGUUAUUCUUUCUGAUGAUGUGCACACUUGGGUUUGGUUCUGAGUUUUCCAUUAUGGAAACAGUCAUGGCGAGUAUAAUUGACGAAUUCAAAAUGUACUUAAAUACGCCGAAGAAAAUAGUCCUAUUUCGGUUUGGUUUAUCUGUCGUGUUCUUCUUAGUCGGUCUUUCAAUGGUGACUCGGGGUGGUCUCUAUGUUUUAAAUAUUGUUGAUCAGUACCUCGGUGGUUUCCCAUGGUUAAUCAUCGGUGUUGUCGAAUUAUUCUGUAUUGCGUGGGUUUAUGGUACAGUCAAGCUAAACUCUCUCGACUUUCACAUCUAUUUCAUUGCUUAUAUCACAUUAGGGAUGGAUAAUUUCUGUGAUGACAUUGCUAUCAUGUUAGGUGAAGAACGACGUCCGAGUAAAUUCUGGCAAAUAUGUUGGAAGUACAUCUCUCCAUUAAUUCUACUAUUUACCAUCAUCUUCUCUUCAUUAUUCUAUCAAGAUGUAACACUUGAUGAUUAUACAUAUCCCACAUGGGCACUUGCGCUUGGUUGGAUGGUCGUCAUCAUCUGUCUCGGUUGGCUUCCAUACAUGUUCUUCGUUGAAAUCUGUCGUCGUGGUACAUGGAAUAUCAUUAAAGAAGCUCGUUUUCCUCAUGAAAAGUGGGGACCAGCAAAAACCGAACAUCGUGAACUAUCUCGACGCUACACGAAACGUAUUCAGGCGAAAACUCUCAGUAUGCAAACAUUGACCACGAUUGCGGAUGUGGAUAAGUGCAAAGUAUCAACUACAACAUUUUAA